AUGAACCGAAACAUCACCUCAAGGUUCGAGAUCCCGGCAGCACCCUUCACCUUGUUCAUGCUUUCGUCAAUCACUAUAUGGAUCCCAUUUUAUGACCGUAUUUUAGUCCCAUUUCUAGCAAAACUUACACACGAGCCGCGUGGGCUUAACCCGAAAAUCCGAAUGGGAGCUGGGAUGAUAUUGUCGAUCAUAGCCAUGGUAGUAUCCGCAAUCAUGGAAACCAUAAGGCGUGAUUUAGCAAACUCAAAAACGCUAGUUGAUAUGUCAGCAAUGUGGUUGGUCCCACAAUUUGUGUUACUAGGUUUAACCGAAGCGUUUAAUGGAAUUGGACAAUUGGAGUUUUAUUAUUCUGAGCUCCCAAAUAGUAUGGCAAGUCUAGUGAUGGUUAUGUUUACGGUGAGCAUGGCGGUUGCUUCGCUUGUUGCUAGCCUUUGA